AGGAUAUCCCCCAUCCCCCAGUGGCUUCUCCUCCUAGCCCUCCCAUCUGCAGUCUGUAGAGCCAUCUGGACUCCACCCUGGGGACAUCCUUCCCACUCUCCCCAACUGGGGUUGAGUGGGGACUCUGAUGAGGGGGUUGGUUGGGAGUGCUUAGGGUGGCAGCCUUGGCAGCCCCGCCCCCUCAAAGGCCAUUCAAUCCCUUUCCUGAGCCUUUUCUUCCAAUGGCCUCUGACCUCCUCCUUCCUACCCUUCUGCUGGGCACAUCUCAGGCUACAGCAAGUGAGACCAGCGUGGGAGGACACCCAGAAAGUACUGGAAACUUGAAACGGGGCAGGGAGGUGAGAGUUGCAGAGACCAGGCAGAGGGAUCAGGACAGACAGACAGACAGACAGACAGACAGACACACACACACACACACACACACACACACACACACACACACCAGAGACCUAGAGGCCAAACCAGAGAGACAAAGACAGAAAAACAGAGAUUGGAGAGGGUGGGAAACAGAAUACUAGAAAGAUAGGGAAAGAGAGAAAGAUAUUGAUAGAAAAUCCCACAGUCCAGAUAGAGCAAGAGAGACACAGGCUGGAGGAGGGAACAAGGCCAGCUAGCCACAGGACAGCCUGGUCAGCAGCAGGAUGGAGGGGCAUCCCACGGAGAUGUAGUGGUUCAGGUCUGGCAGGGUGGAGACAGAGGGAUCCUGGGCUGGGGCAGGGGGCAUGGGAGGGGCAGGGAUUCUGUUUUUCCUGUUGGCCUGGACUGGGGCAGGAGUGGCCUGGAGUCCCCCCAAGGGAAAGUGUCCUCCUCGCUGCUCCUGCUCCAAGGAGACAACCCUGUGUGAGGGCUCCCCCGAGCUGCCUGAGAGCUUCUCCACCACGCUCCUGUCACUCUCUCUCGUCAGGAUGGGGGUCUCCCGGCUGAAGGCUGGCAGCUUCUUAAAGAUGCCUUCACUGCACCUGCUCCUCUUCACAUCCAAUACCUUCUCUGUAAUUGAGGGUGACGCCUUCAUCGGCUUGUCCUACCUGCAGUACCUCUUCAUUGAGGACAACAAGAUCGGCUCCAUCUCCAAGAACGCCCUGAGGGGACUUCGCUCACUCACCCACCUAAGUCUGGCCAACAACCACCUCGAGGCUCUACCCAGAUUCCUGUUCCGAGGCUUGGAGACUCUGACUCAUGUGGACCUCCGAGGUAACCCGUUCCAGUGCGACUGCAGAGUUCUUUGGUUGCUACAGUGGAUGCCUACGGUGAAUGCCAGUGUGGGCACGGGGGACUGUGCGGGCCCCCCUGCCCUUGCUCAAAUACAACUAAAUCACCUUGACCCUAAGAAGUUCAAGUGUAGAGCCACAGAACUGUCCUGGCUCCAGACUGUUGGGGAGUCGGCACUGAGCGUGGAGUCCUUCUCCUAUCAGGGGGAGCCUCACAUGGUCCUGGCACAGCCCUUCGCUGGCCGUUGCCUGAUCCUGGUGUGGGACUACAGCCUGCAGCGCUUCAGGCCUGAGGAAGAGCUGUCCGCGCCCUCAGUGGUAUCCUGCAAGCCUCUGGUUCUGGGCCCACGCCUCUUCAUACUGGCUGCCCGCCUAUGGGGAGGCUCACAGCUGUGGUCACGGUCCAGCCCCGACCUGCGUCUGACCCCUGUGCAGGUCCUAGCCCCUCAACGGCUGCUGCGACCCAAUGAUGCCGAGCUCCUGUGGCUGGAUGGGCAGCCCUGCUUCGUGGUGGCUGAUGCCUCCAAGGCCGGCAGCACCACGCUGCUGUGUCGUGAUGGGCGGGGCUUCUACCCACGCCAGAGUUUGCAUGCCUGGCACCGCGACACUGAUGCCGAGGCCCUGGAGCUGGAUGGUCGACCACAUCUGCUGCUUGCUUCCGCCUCCCAGAGGCCUGUGCUCUUUCACUGGUUUGGUGGCCACUUCGAGAGGCGCACAGACAUCCCGGAGGCAGAGGACGUUUAUGCCACAAAACACUUUCAGGCUGGAGGAGAUGUGUUCCUGUGCCUGACACGAUACAUUGGGGACUCCAUGGUCAUGCGCUGGGAUGGCUCUAUGUUCCGUCUUCUGCAGCAACUUCCAUCCCGAGGUUCCCACGUCUUCCAGCCACUACUAAUUGCCAGUGACCAGUUGGUUAUCCUGGGCAGCGACUUCGCCUUCAGCCAAGUCUUCCGCUUUGAGGCUGAUAAAGGGAUCCUGGAGCCACUGCAGGAGCUGGGCCCACCGGCCUUGGUGGCCCCCCGAGCCUUCGCCCAAGUCACCGUAGGAGGAAAACGCUUUCUAUUUGCAGCGUGCUUCAAGGGCCCCACACAGAUCUACCAGCACCACGAGUUGGAUCUCAGUGCCUGAGGCUGGGAAAGACCCUGGAAGUGGCUGCGGGGCUGGCAAGGGCAUUCUGGGAUAUCUGGGUAACCUCUCCAGCCUGGCCUUCCUGGCUGUCACAGCCAGUCCUGUGUGAUACAGACCACUACCCUAGUGCAUCAGCCUGGGUUAGGCUUAGCCCACCUUUUGGAGCAUCUGUACCUUAGGGGCAAGUGGGAGGUCUCUUUACUCUCAACUAUGUUUAGGGCUCCUCCAGUCUGAAGCCACAUUUUGGCUGAGGACAGAUGCUCCCAUAGACAACAUCUUGGGAGUUCAGCCUGAAACACAGCUUGGAGCUGGGAUACAGAAACCAAAAGGGCAAUCUGCUGAGCUCCAAGAGGUCUGGACACCCCGCCCUCAACGUCCCCUUGGUCCUACUCCAUAUAAAGUACUGAGAGAGACCAUUCCUUUCUACUCAAACCCAAUCUGGCCAUUGGUUUUCCUGGAGGAGUGUGUGUCUCCGUGACGUCACAGCUGCUGGGCAGUUUCUUGGCCUGGUACUUUGCUGCCUGUGCGCAUGUCUGCUUCCAAAGGCUGAUUGCUUUUACGCAUGCACAGUAAAAGUGACACAGUAAAGAUGAGUCUAGAGGCGGCGCAGAGAUCACUGGGUACCCUUUUCCAGAAUGUGACAGGGGCGAGAGUGUAUGAGUUAAAUAAAUAAAUAAAUAAAUAAAUGCCCUGCGCACCCGACCUGUCCGCUCUGUGGGCUCAAGGAGUUGAGUGGCAGGUGACAACCCUGGCUGGGACCCUGGGCAGGACUUUUGUUUUGAAUAGUUUUAGGCAUUUUCUGGGAUGGCACAUGGGAAUCAUUCCGGAGGCCCUGGUGGAUACUGAGGCGUCUCAAGAUACCUGGGGUAAGUGGAGGAUCCCACACUGUGUGAGUACUGUAUAUUAUUAGUGGUGUCCUGGAAAAUUACAAGUCUCACAGGGACAGCUGGUGAAUGGAAAGGUCUUGUGAUAAAGUAGGGUCCUUUCAACAUGAAUAAGGAGACCACUGUAGGGGUGGGGGGCAGCUAAGGUAUCUGGGUGGCCCCAACAUGGUGUGAUGGCCUAUAUAUAGUUAUUCUCAAUGUUAACUGUACCCACACUGCAUGCGAUUAGGGUUCUUUUUCACUCCCAGAAGUGUCCUUAGUUUUCCACUAGAACUUAAGUGGCACAGGAGGCUGCCCAUGGAGGGAAAUGCAAAUCCCAUGCCCACCAUAGGCCAUGGCGAGCAGGUCUAAGCGAGAUUCAGCCUCCAGCUCCUACACACCAGCUACGCCCCAUCAAGGCCACAGAGUCCACACCAGCAUCUGGCCACCUCCUCACUGCCCGCAGCCGCACUCCAAGGUCCACAUAGAGUCUCUGGCUCACCUGAGCAUGAUGUAAAAUCAUUUUAUAUUAAAAACUGAACAAAGAGCCUGUUACCACAAGGGGUAAGACAAGGCUCGGGGAAGGCAGUGUCAGGAGAGGAGGGGAUCCGCCGUCUUGGAGUUCAAGCCCACCUCCAGAGCCAGGACCUGUGCUCUUUUAACUGGUCCAUCUUCAGCAGUUGUGAGCAGAGCCUAAUAGAGGGAAUGGGGUUGGUUUCUCCCUGGUCCUUCUCCCCAAUGCAGGGAGGCUCCCCCGACUUCCACUUGUGACCAUUACCCCCAUGUGCCACCCCCAGUCAUCCUAAGUGUCAUACCUGGUGUGAUGAGAGGUGGCCCAUCUCCUGGACGGUGACUAAGGAAAUAAAUGAGAUAAUGUCCAAAUAAAUUCUCUCCUGUCU